AUGGCAGCAGUAGUUCUAGAGGGAGACACCAUGGGUCCAGAGCGUAUCUACCCUAAUCAGACUGAGGAACUGGGGCCUCACUUGGGCCCCACAAAAGACAAGGGAGAUUGGAGCAGUGAGGAACAUGAGGAAGAGCAGGAGGAAGCUGGGGCAGGCCCAGCUGGCUACUCUUGCUCUUUUGUCUACUCUUACCAACCCCUAAAUCAAGAUCCUGAACAAGAGGAAGUAGAGUUGGCAUCUGUGGCAUCUGUGGGGGAAGAUGUAGUUGUCGACAUCCAGGAGAGGAUCCAGGCCCUGGGACUGCAUUUGCCAAACCCUCCAUUAAAUGAAUUGAGCAACCACAGCUCAAUUCCCAUGGACCCAGGACAUGCAGAGCUAGUGAAAAGGCCAAUGGCUGGAAUAAGCAUGCCUGCAUCAGGGGUUCCUGCCUGGGCUCAGGAGAUCUCAGAUGCUCAGUGGGAAGAUAUGAUACAGAAGGCCCUCCAAGCCCGGCAGACAUCCCCAGCCUGGAAAUGA